UCGCUCCCAAAACGUCCAUGGGACAAUUUUCAUUUUGUUGAAUUCCAUGAUGUCAUGCGCAAAGCGAAAGGUAUCCAAAGUGGUGAACUAUCAUUUGCGAUUCAAUCGCUUCUCGAGAUCCCAGAUCAGUACGGUAUCGUUAAACAACUCGGUCUCGUUCGUGGAUCGAAACUGCACUCUAAAGCGAAGUGAUCGGCCUGAUAAGGAUAAUAAUCCCCAGCAUAAGGAUAAGAAUCCCAUUUGA